AUGUCUCAAUAUGCCGCGGAGCUGUGCACGCUCCUAGUUGAAGACAAUUUUGGAGACUUAUUUGGACGUAUUUACUCGACUCUGAUCCAGUAUGGUCGCCUUACGCUCUUUCGGCUCAAAGAACAUUCGCAAGUUUCCGAAAAACAACUACGCCAUGCUCUUGCUGCGCUCGUGCAAAUGCACUUGGUGUAUCAUUACAGCUCAACCGAGGAUGGAUUUACCUACUAUGAAGCCAACCUAGACGGCGCUUACUACCUGAUACGGACGGGAAAAGUCCUGGAAGUGGUGGAAGAAAGGCUAGGCUCGUAUGCAGCUCAAGUCAUGGCUGCUAUUGCAUACCACGGACAUAUCAUGGUCAGCGAGCUGGAAACUUUACCGGAACUCCAAGUCCAAGAUGACGCACACUACGGAAACGGCGACAAUGCUGAUGAAGGCCUCAAGAACGAAGACGACGUCAGCGAGAAUACACUGAAUGGCGUUGAGAAUAAUGGCGUCGUUAACGGCGAUGAAGACGAACAUACCGCAUCCAAUACUCGUCUACACUCGGCAUUGAAUUAUCUAGCGGGGCAUGGGUAUAUUUGUCAAGUCAAAGAUGUUCAUCUUCACAGUCUUGCAGACAACGCUCUGGACGCCGAACGAGAAGCCGACUUUUGGGCUGCUGCUAAUUCGGAUGCCAAAGGCAAAAAGAAAGCCGCGGAGAUUGAAGACAAAAAGAGAGAAAUCCUCAACGAACGUCUGGAUGCUGACCUAAGUGAGGGUUUGACGGCUUAUGCCCAUCCGCCUGUUAUCAAAAGACGACAGGAAAAUGGACACUCCGAGAAUUCCAGUAAACGACGUCGCGUCGAAUCCGACGACGAGAUGGACAACGAGGACGAUUGGGAUGAGGAUAACGUGAAGGACCAGGAGACAAUGCGGCCGACUCUCGUGGUGCGUGUGAAUUAUCAGAAGCUAGAUGUGGUUUUCAGAAACCGUCGCCUCGUCGAACUAGCACUACAGGGAACCUCGCCCGCUACGGCCGAAGUGUACGAAACACUUCUACGUCUCAUUGAAUACAAAACGCCUUGCUGCCGAGAAGGCGCUGAGAUUCCCCGUGAAGGAGAAGAAGGCGAAACAAACUCGGUAGCUAUUACAUUACAGCGACUUGCAAAUGAGGUUGAUCCUCGUUUGGAUCUUAAAGGAACACUUGGGCCACCGGGGGAUCCAAAAGCAAACAAAAACAAUAAACGGUCGUUAACAAACGGCGUGAAUGGAAACCAUCACGAGGAUGACGAUGACACAGAAACUACUCGGACGCAUGAUAUCGACCAGCACCUCAAUAUACUAGCCCUACCGCCAUACAGUCUAUCCACACGGCGCAGUCUAGGUGCCAUACCAGCUUGGUAUGUAGAAUACCGACGUCUUGCUCGUCAAUUACGCCAUCUCGAAAUCGAGCGCAUAGUCGGAAUAAGAUUCGGCAAAUUGGCUCUUCGCGUGAUUCAGAUUCUGCUUUCCAUGGGGAAACUAGACGAGAAACGUCUACAGGAAGUCAGCCUCAUAUCGCAGAAGGACCUCCGUCAAGUCCUUGCACAAAUGCAAGAAAAUGGAUUCGUGGACCUGCAAGAAAUUCCUAAAGAUGCACAGCGCCUGCCCAAUCGGACAGUCUUUUUGUGGUUCUACGACCCAGACCGCGUCAGCAGGAACCUUCUCCACGAUACCUACAAAGCCAUGUCACGAUGCAUCCAGCGUCUGCGCUUUGAGCGGAAUCGACUCAAGGACUUUCUGGACAAGACAGAGCGUAGCGACGUGCGAGAGAACGAAGAGAAGUAUCUAACCGAAGCAGAAUUAGAGACUUUGCGGCAGUGGCGUGAGAAAGAAGGCUUGAUGCUUGGAGAGAUAGCUCGGCUGGACGACCUGGUUGCUGUCUUCCGGGAUUUUUGA